AUGAAUCUGUUGAUAUUUUUAACAACGUUGUUAACGGCUCUAGUCCUAGGCGUGAAAACUGCGUCUAUAACGAAACAACAAUAUUCGAUUCCUUUAUAUAAACACCACUUCAAAGCAGGGCUCAGACGUGCCACUGAACAACUAUCCAAUUAUCAUACGUCUGGAUUAAAUGAUAUUGCAUAUUAUGGUCCAAUAACCAUUGGUAAACAACAAUUUCAAGUAAUGUUCGAUAGUGGAUCACCAUUACUUUGGGUUCCUGCUCAAAAUUGUUCAUCCGGCGGCUGCACCGGCCAUACAAAAUUCAAUCAAAAUGUCACUGCAAUAGCUUCAUUUAACAUUCAAUAUGUUUUGGGUUUUUCACAGGGUUACCUGGCCGAAAUUGAUAUGUCUCUGGCAGGGUUAACUGUUUCAAAACAAAGAUUUGGUCUUAGCUACAAUAUAUCGAGUGAAUUUGCUGCAUAUCCGUUUGAUGGAAUACUUGGCCUAUCUCCUCGCGAAUACCCUAACAUAGGGAAUCUCAAUCCAAUUAAAACCUUGAUUAAUCAGAAUACUAUAGAUCCCUAUGUUUCUUUUCAUCUUUCAAGAUAUGAUGACACGAAUAAAGGGGAUCAAGGAACUCUAACAUUAGGGGGAAUAGAUAACUCGAAAUUUACUGGGAGCAUUAAUUACAACAAUUUAACGGAUAGCACGGAAUGGUGGCAAGUUAGCAUAGAUAAUGUUAUGGUUGCCGGAAAAUCUACUGUUCAACAAAGAAGCGCUAUUAUCGACACUGGAACGACGGUAAUUACUGCCCCACGAAAAGACGCUGACGAGAUACAUUCUAUAAUUUCGGGGAUAUAUAAUCCAGCUUACGAGAUGUAUACUAUUCCAUGCACCACGGUGUUUAAUAUGAGUCUAGUAUUUGGAGGAAUUUUAUAUCAGAUAGACGACCGUGACAUUAUUAUUAGACAAAAUGGAAUAUGCCUUUCAGGAAUGAUACCGGAUUCUACUAUUGGUUCCGCUUGGGUGGUGGGGGAUGUGUUUUUGAAGAACGUCUACACGGUAUUUAAUUAUGCAAACCUCAGUGUAGGGUUUGCUCCUAGUGUAAAAUUACAGUCAUGA